AUGGUGCGCCAAGUCCGACCCCCAAAGCCGACCUCAACGACCAGUGCCUCGGCCACCCUGCGCGAGGACAACGAUCCACCAAACAACAUGGACCAGAACGCCCCACCCGCAAUCGAUCUAAAUCUCGAUGUGAUGACCGUCGCAAAGCUUCGACAGCACCUCCGAGCCCACUCCAUUCGCUUUCCGUUCCGGGCGAGAAAAGCAGAGCUCGUCCGACUAGCUGCGGAGCAUCGCAGGGAGACUUUGGAUGUCAAAUUCGAGCCUGAUUUCUCCACCGACAGUCUCGAGACAACGCCUGACCCGACUGCAGCCGAAGAAAUCACUCUGAACGAGGAGAAAUCCCAACCCACUAGCACAAGUCUGAACGCUCCAGCCGCUUUGGCUCAAGAUGUGGAGGCAAUGACCAUCGCCCAGCUGCGUACAUACUUGCAGGACCAUGCAAUCCACGUACCCUCUCGCGCACGGAAAGCACAGUUGCUCGGGAUUGCCAAGGAGCAUCAUGCCAGAUCGUCUGACAUCCAGGCUGGCGAUAUGACUACCCUCUCCGCCCAGCUUUCACACCUCUCCAUCGAGGCAGACCAGGCCAUAGCCGACUCCACCAUCGACGCUUCAACCGACGGGCCCAUCACUGGCGCCUCGACCGAGAUCGACACCAACACGCCCCUCCCAAACAUACCCAACCCUAGUGACGACAUCUCGUAUCUACACCCAAGCUUCAACCCAACCUCCCUUACGAUUCCAAAGUUGCGCAAUCUUUUGGCCGCUCACGAGGUCGCCUACACCAAGGCCAAGAACAAGGCUGAUCUGGUCCGACUGUUCGAAGCAAACAUAGUCCCCAGAGCGGCCGCCACAAUCCAGGUCAUAGGCACAAUUGAGAAAACCGAUGAAGGAAUUGUCGACGCAUAG